AUGAAUGCAGUUUUCAAUCCCGGGGCAAUAAGCGCUUGUCUUAAUGUUAUUUUUGACGAAGAAGAAAACGAGAGCCAAGCAGCUUCAAGUUCUUCAGCACCCAAGUUGACUAGAAGGGUGAUCAAUAGAGAUCACCUUGGUGCUGCAAAACUAUUAUACGAUCAUUACUUUGCGCCUAACUGCACUUACCCACCUGACAUGUUUCGUAGAAGGUUUAGAAUGCGAAAGGAAAUGUUUAUCCGCAUAGCGCGAGAUAUACACUCCUUUAACAGCGUUCAACCGCUAGCACUUUCAGUUUUCCACAAAGGGGCGACGGAUGCUUCUGGUCGCCCCGGUUUUAACAAUUUUCAGAAAUGUACUUCCGCAAUACGCCAGUUAGCGUAUAGCUAUAAGGCUGAUGCUUUGGACGAGUACUUGCAAAUGGCGCAAGAUAUGGGGCCAACAGAAGCAGAUAUCGAGCGGUUAACUGUUAAACAUGAGCAGGUUCAUGGUUUUUCGGGUAUACUUGGUAGCAUAGAUCGUGUGCAUUGGGGGUGGAGGAACUGUCCGAUGGCAUGGCAAGGGCAGUACACGCGAGGCAACAAGGGCCAUCCUACAAUCAUGCUUGAAGCGGUUGCUUCAUAUGAUUUGUGGAUCUGGCAUGACAGGGCUCCUAAAGUAGAGUUUUUGAUUAAUGGCCACCAGUUUGGAAAAGCAUAUUACCUAGCAGAUGGUAUGUAUACUGAAUGGGUCACUCUUGUGAAGUCUUUCAAAUGCCGGAUGGACCCGAAAACCACCAAGUUCAAGAAAUUCCAAGAAGCUGCAAGGAAGGAUGUCGAGAGAGCAUCUGGGGUUCUUCAAGGUCGUUGGCAGAUUGUUGAGCAACAAGCCCAGGCCUAUAGUGUGAACAAAAUAUAUCAUAUUAUGUUGUGUGAUUCUGCACAACAUGAUCGUUAA